AUGGCGAGCGGCUCCCUACCCCUCACGAACUACACCACAGGGGAUCCGCUCUCGCUCGACCGGAUCCGCGCGAUCCUCGUCCGCCUCGAGGACACGAUCAUCUUCUCGCUCAUCGAGCGCGCGCAGUUCGCGCACAACCCGCGCGCAUACCGCCGCGGCGAGUUCCAAGAGCUCAAGGACAUCGGCUUCUCCGGCUCCUGGCUCGAGUGGUUCCUCAAGGAGACCGAGACCUUCCACGCGAAGGCAAGGAGGUACACGAGCCCAGACGAGUAUCCGUUCACGGACCCGGCGGAGCUCCCACCACCGAUCCUCAAGCCGCUCGCCUUCCCGCCGAUCCUGUACCCGAACACGGUGAACGUGAACCGGUCCAUCCUCUCCUUCUACACCCAGCAGAUCGUCCCGCGCAUCACCCGCGCCGCGACGCUCGCGCUCGCCGCGCAGAAGCGCGCGGCGGGCAUCUCUGGCGACGCCGAGUACGAGGACGACGGGAACUACGGGAGCGCCGCGUUCGUCGACCUCGAGGUCCUCCAGGCGAUCUCCAAGCGCGUUCACUACGGCAAGUUCGUGUCCGAGAGCAAGUUCCGAGACGACCCCGCCGCGUUCGUUCCGCACAUCCGCGCGCGCAACCGCGCCGCGCUUGACGGGCUCAUCACCAAGCCCGCCGUCGAGCGCGUGCUCCUCCAGCGCCUCCGCAAGAAGGCGGACCUCUACGCCCAAAACGUCGCGCUCGACGGCGAGCCGCUCAAGGACGACGGCGGCGACGGCGACGCGCGGCGCAAGAUCGACGUCGACGGCGUCGUGGAGCUCUACGAGCACUACAUCAUCCCGCUCACGAAGGAGGUCGAGGUCGACUACCUCCUCCAGCGGCUGGACGGCUUGUCGGACGAGGAGGUGGAGGCGCUCGUCGCGCAGGAGAAGCAGUAA